AUGGUCAAGGUCGCUUAUCUUGGAGGUGAAACUAGCCCUGAGGAGAGCAGGCGUUUGCCAUGGCAAGAAAGUGUUCUUGUAGACGCGUAUGUGGGCAAAGAUUAUUCUUCUGCCCAGGAACAAAUGGAAGAUGACAUGAAAACGUACUAUAGUCAGAACAGUACAGUGUCGCUGGCUCAGUCCCUGGGUGUGGGGCAACUUGUUGCAGUACACGCCGAAGAAGAUGCCUGGUUGCGUGCUCGGAUAAUUUCUCUAGAAGACAACAGAAUCAAGGUGUGCUAUGUUGAUCACGGCUUCAGUGAGUACGUGGAAAGCAGCAGUGUGUACAAGCUACAGAAACAGUUCCAGUUGCUUCCGUUUCAGGCUGCAAAAUGCAGACUGGCAGGACUGGAAGUGUUCUGUGAUGAUCCUGUCCUAGUAAAGACUGUGGAAUUGCAGACAUGCUCCAAGAUACUUGCUGUGGAAAUACUGGAAAAGAGUGAUACCCCUCUUCUUGUUCUCUACGACACUUCCGGAGAAGACGAUGUCAACAUCAAUGCUACAUGUCUGAAGGCAUUGUAUGACAAGUCCCUAGAACUGCACCUACAGGUAGAUGCACUAUACACAAAUGUCAGAGUAACCAGUGUCUUCUCUGACGGAAGCCUGUAUUGCCAAGUGCCAUCUAAAGGCUUGUCCAGGCUUUCUGAAGUCUCCCAGAAGCUGGAAGACUACUUCCAUUACAAGCAGACAUCCGAGUGUCAUGUGUCGCUGCCUUUCUGUGGCAAAAUCUGCUUGUUUCCUUCCAAGGGAAAAUGGGCGCGUGUCGAGAUAAGAAUUAUUCACACUAGGCGGGCACUUGAUGUGCAGUUCAUGGAUACCGGGACAGUUGCAACCGUGAAAGUGUCAGAGCUUAGAGAAAUCCCAGCCCAGUUCCUGAGAGAAGUAAUUGCAAUACCUCCCCAGGCUGUGAAGUGCUGCCUAGCAGACCUGCCUCCUUACACUGGCAUGUGGACUCCAGAUGCGGUGCUGUGGCUCAGAGACACUGUAAUGAACUGUCCUGCAUUCAGCAUGAAGGUGGUUAAACAGGAUGGUUCGAAGGGAACUGCACACAUUUACUUGUUUGCUCCAGAGAAGUUCCCAGAUGUGGAUCGCAGUGUCAACCAACAGAUCAAAAAUGCAGAUUUGUGGAAGCAUCAGAAAGAUGUUUUCUUGAGUGUUACACCCAGUGGGAUUAGCUCCACAAAGGUGGCGGGUGAUGCUGUGUCAGCUCUACGCGUGACCGGUGGAAGGCUGGAGAAGAGUUUGUCUGAUCCAGGCAGAGAACCCGGCAGUGCAGGGUCUACCACUGAUACGCCGCCGCCUCUACCCUCGCUGAAGACCGGUGAGCUCAUGGAUGUCUAUGUCUCAGUGGCCUGCCAUCCAGGUCACUUUAUUGUCCAGCCUUGGAAAGAGCUACAUAAUCUGGAAGCCCUGAUGGAAGAAAUGAUCCUGUACUACAGCAGGGCAGAAGAGAAACCUGUGAACGUUGAAAAAAACAAGCUGUACGCCGCUAAAAUUGAAAAUCAGUGGUACAGGGUCAUAAUAAAAGGAAUUCUUAGAAAUGGGUUUUUGUCGGUGUAUGAGCUGGACUACGGCAAACACGAGUUCGUAAGCGUGGAGAAAGUCCAGCCGCUCAUGGACGCCUUCAGGAAACUCCCGUUCCAGGCGAUCACGGCUCAGCUUGCAGGAGUGAAAAGCCAGCAGUGGUCAGAAGAGGCAUCAAUAGUGUUCCGGAAUCUUGUAGAGAAGAAACCCUUGGUGGCACAGAUAGAGUCAGUUCACGAGAGCACUAACUCUUGGGAUCGAAAAAUAGUGACUUUUCUAGUGGACACGUCUCUUCCAGAUACCGAUUUAUGGAUUCAUGAUUUUGUGUCUCAAAGUCUUGUGGAAUUUUGA